AUGGAAGCAACUUUCGAUUUGCUGCCCGAUGUUUCGAUCGAAGGCACUUGCCCGACUGGCCCCUCGGGCAACUGGGGAAGCAAGGGAGAGUACAGUACUGUCACUGCAAUUAAUAAUAUCGACAACUUCGUGAAGCAAUGGGAGAUUAGCGAGCAAUGGCUCCGCUGCACUGAUUAUCUGGGAGAAACCGACGAAGAGUUUUCAACACUGCACACUUACCGAGUUCGAUUUUCCAUUCCAACGAAAAUGAAUCCGAUUCCACGAGCAUCUGCAUCCGUUUACUUUUUCAUCAGAGUUUCAAAAACAGAACCAGACAACUAUCCUGUUGAAGUCGUCUAUCAAGUUGAGGGCAAUCGUCUCGUCUUCCAGCCUGGCCGUCAUGUGUUCCGAGAAAAGUGGCUCCACGACGUCCUCAGAUCUAAAAAGACCAUGCUCGAGCACGUCGAUUUCUAA